CGGCAACACAGUUCCGGUUCCGAACUUCCGGCCGCCGUAAGUCUGCACUUGAAAACCCAGCGAACGGAGCGUGUGACGGAGAAGUCUGAUAACUGCGUCAAGUCUGACGGUCCGGUUUAAGAUUAAAUCAAAGACGCUAUUUUUCUUUCUUUUGGGUUUCCAGGUUUUUAAAACAAAGCUAAGUGACAGCCGACAACAUCAGGCAGGGCGUUUAAAGGGCUUUCUGAGCGGCAUUAAAGGGGUGUGAGAGGGAAUGGCAGCUCCGCGGCCCAUUAAAGGCAUUUUAAAAAAUAAAAGCACCACCAAACCGUGUCCUGAAGUUCUGUUUGAGAGCUCAGAGCCGACGGGAUCCGACUUUACCGAGGACGAUCAACAGAAGAAGUCACAGAAAUGGGACGAGAUGAACAUCUUGGCCACGUAUCACCCAGCUGAUAAAGAUUACGGUCUGAUGAAAAUCGAUGAACCAAGUACCCCAUAUAACCGGAUGGUAGGUGAAGAUGAUGAUGAAGAAGUGCACAGCGAUUCAGAAGGUAACGCAGCCCUCACUGUGGACGACCUUGCCCAGAAACUGGCAGCAGCUGAAGGUUCAGGCCCUCGCUGUAUGAAGGAGGAAGAGGAGGAGAGCAGUGAGGAUGAAGAGCAGCUCAGUCCAGAGGAACAGGAGGCUUUAUCUGAGGUUCAGAAGGCUUCAGAGCUGACACAGAGCAGCCAGAGAAGCAAAGAGGCACUUGGAGAGAUGGGAAAGAAGAGAACAGUGAGAGAAGUGUUAAAACAGUCAGAGACCACAAGACCAAUGGCUAGACAGACAGCCAAAAAGAAGCAGUUUGAGCGGAUGAGGAAGAUGCAUUACAAUGAAGGACUUAACAUUAAACUAGCCAGACAGCUGAUCGCCAGAGAGCUUGAGGAGGAGGAGGAUGAAGAGGAGGAUGAGGAGAUGAAGGACGACACAGAGACAGAGGACAUUAAUGUAGACCCUCCUCAAGAUGCAGAUUCGCUGGAGUCGUAAGCAAGGCUGUAGUGCAUUGGGAAGAGUCUUGGAGGCUGUGAUUGUGGACGCUCUGCUCCCUGAUGAUCCUUUUGUAUUCGACACGCACUGCAAUGAAAAACCUCACCGACCCGCGGCUGCUCCGUCUGUUGCCAAGAGUGUGUCGUGUUACUUUUGUCUUGCAAGAAACAAAGGCCUAAAGACUGUUAUUAGAGAAGCAAACUCAUCAGUGAUAACCAAGCCACUGCUUAUUUUAUUUUAUUUUAUUUAACUUCAGCUAUAAAACUGCACUGUUAGUACAAGCUAAUAAAGCCCCACAUAUACGUGCUACUAUUUUUGCCUAUAGAUGGCACAAUCAGUAUUUCUCCAUGUUUAGUUGGCAUUUGUACACAUUACUCAGCCUUAUCUUAAUUUUUCAGUCGUACAUAAUUGGGUGUGAAUUUGGAUCGGUGUUGACUGUCUGCUGAAGUCUCUCCAAUCAGAAGUCACUACAAUAUUCAGCAGUUAGACACCUUAAAAAGAGUUUAAAAAAAAAAAAAAAACAGCACCUAAAUGUAUUAAAAGUACAUUUAUAUUUACUUUCCUGCUAACAACAGAAACCCACAGCAUGCUACAUAGAUGUGAUUGGGCCAAUGCGGGUGUUUAGUUGGCAUUUAUACACUAUUUUAAAGUUGUAAUCCUAUGUGGCAUCACUGUCAUCACUAAUAUGUAACAUUUUAUGGGGUCAUUUUUGUGCCAAAUCUAUUAAAGCAACAAUCCUAAAUGUCCCUCUGUUUACCUCUAAUAUUUAUUUAUAUCUCUGCAAGCUUUAACAAAGAAUGAGAAGUGUAUUUCUUUUCAUUCCAAAAGUUUACCAUUCUCUGUCUCUCUCUUUAAUCUGAUUAUUUUUGGUUUGCAUAAAUUUUCUUACAGAAAAAUCUGCUCCGCUGAUUUGCUUCUAGGAACAAAUCACAUCAAUCUCAAAUUUCACUUCACAUCCAAGUCUAGAUUUACUGUAAAUCCUGUGAAUCUGCCCAAGUGGGGAACAAUAGAUAACAAUAGUCCAUGCAUUUUUUUCUGCCAAUGUUUUACAACAUUAUAGUUUCUGUGGCAAAAUCUCGCAGAUAUGUGUAUGGCAGAUUCUCCACAUGAACAGAUUUUGAAGUGCAAAGUUCUAUAUAAGGUGACCUUUAUUUAACAUUUAUGCAAGGAGACUCCAGUGUCAGUGUUUAUGCAACAGCCAGAGGUAAAGCAGUAACUACAUUUUCAGGACAGAGGAAUUUACUCAUUGCAGUUCUCAGUAAUAUGACAAUCCGUCUUUUUUGUCUCAAAUACAAGAGAUAAGACAUAUACAUCACGUUUAAAAAAAAAAAAAAGUUGUUAUUGUUGGUAAAUUGCUGUUGUGUUAAUGCUUGUGGGUCUGGUUGUGGGUUUUUUUUUGUUUGUUUGUUUGUUUCCCGGGUUGUAUAUUGGUUUCAAUGCUAAAAUAUUUUUGGCACUAAAAUGACUCCAUAAUGGACCUUUACCUGUUUAUCUAAUAAAAGACAAAUAAUUUGGGAGGGGUUAAUAUAGGUUGCUAAUGAGACAUGUACAUGAAAUCUUUUCUUUUGUCAGGUUUGGUGUCUGGUUUAUGCCUGUUCUUUAAGUGCACUGGAACUUACACAGCUGACUAGUAAUGUUAGGUUCUAGCUAGCACUUUGGAUUGAUAUGGCCCACACACCUGAGGGGAUUUUGUGCACACUUCAGUUUUGACUAAAUCAUAGCUUUAACCAUUGUAAUGUAUUUGUUGUCUACUGUACACUCAGCUAAUGGAUUUUGCUCUGUGUGACUUAAGAGCUGGUUACAUACAGCUGUGCCUGAUGUUAUGGAUGAAAUAUUUGAGAACAUUAUCAAGUAAAACUGCUUGAACUACUGAAGUUGAAACUGAGUUAAGGGAUUAAAAUUCCAGAGAGUC